AUGGCGAGCUUGGCUGAUGUCGGUUGGAAACUGCUGGAAUUUAAAGCCCGAUCGAAACGAUCAGGAUCCAUCUAUGAGCCCCUCAAGCUGUCCAUCCUUCACCGCGAGGAUGAGCCCCUGUGGGAGAAGCUGGACCGCUACUACAAUGCUGUCAAAAUCACCAUCCUCAACUACCAGAGUCCCACCACUGGCCUGUUCCCAAUCAAGACUUGCUCCACCUGUAAAGAGGCCAAGGUGCGGGACUCCCUCUACUGUGCUGCGGGAGCAUGGGCCUUGGCCUUAGCUUACCGGCGCAUUGAUGAUGACAUGGGACGCACUCAUGAACUGGAACACUCAGCCAUCAAGUGCAUGAGAGGAAUUCUCUACUGCUACAUGAGGCAAGCUCAUAAGGUUGAGCAGUUUAAGCAGGACCCCAGCCCCUCCAAAUGUCUGCACUCCAUGUUCAAUGUGGACACUGGUGAUGAGAUCCACACCUAUGAUGAAUACCACCACCUGCAGAUCGAUGCCGUCUCACUGUUCCUGCUGUACCUGGUGGAGAUGAUCUGCUCCGGCCUGCAGAUUAUCUACAACACCGACGAGGUGUCCUUUAUCCAGAACCUUGUGUUCUGCGUAGAGAGAGCUUACCGAGUGCCAGACUAUGGCAUGUGGGAGCGAGGCAGCAAGUAUAACAAUGGCAGCACUGAGCUGCAUUCAAGCUCUGUCGGCCUGGCCAAGGCUGCUCUGGAGGCUAUCAAUGGAUUUAACCUGUUUGGAAACCAGGGUUGCUCCUGGUCGGUGAUCUUUGUGGAUCUGGACGCCCACAACCGAAACAGGCAAACGUUGUGUUCACUGCUGCCACGAGAGUCACGCUCUCAUAAUACAGACGCAGCUUUACUGCCCACCAUCAGCUACCCGGCUUUUGCUGUGGAUGACGAUGCUCUCUACAGUCAGACACUGGACAAAAUCGUCCGCAAGUUGCGUGGCAAGUACGGCUUCAAGCGCUUCCUCCGUGAUGGAUACCGUACCUCCAAUGAGGACAAGGAUCGUCGAUACUACAAACCUGCCGAAAUGAAGCUCUUUGAUGGGAUCGAGUGUGAGUUUCCCAUAUUCUUCAUCUUCAUGAUGAUUGACGGGGUGUUCAGAGGGAACCAUGCUCAGGUGAAAGAGUACCAGGACCUCCUUGAGCCCAUCAUCUUUCAGUCUUACGAGGGCCACGCUGUAGUCCCCAAGUACUACUACGUGCCUGCCGACUUUGUAGAGGCCGAGCAAAAGCAGCAUGGUAGCCAAAAGCGCUUCCCUAGCAACUCAGGACGUGACGGCAAGCUUUUCUUAUGGGGUCAAGCCCUCUACAACAUUGCUAAGCUGUUAGUUGAUGAACUGAUCAGCCCCAAGGACAUCGACCCCAUCCAUCGUUAUGUUCCCCGUCAGGACCAGCGCAACGUCAGCAUGCGCUACUCCAACCAGGGCCCCAUAGAGAAUGAUGUUGUGGUCCAUGUGUCGCUGAUAGCCGAGAGCCAAAGGCUUCAGGUGUUCCUGAACACAUACGGUAUUCAGACGCAGACACCGCAGCAGGUGGAGCCCAUCCAAAUCUGGCCACAGAAGGAGUUGGUCAAGGCUUACCGUUUCCUGGCUGUCAACAAAAAACUGGGCCUGAGUGGGCGUCCAGAUCGACCCGUGGGCUGUAUUGGAACCUCCAAGAUUUACCGCAUCCUGGGCAAGACGGUGGUGUGCUACCCGAUUGUCUUUGAUCUGAGCGACUUUUACUUGUCUCAGGAUGUCAUGCUGCUGAUCGACGAUAUUAAGAACGCCCUCCAGUUCAUCAAGCAGUGUUGGAAGAUGCAGGGACGACCUCUCUUCUUAGUGCUCAUCCACGAGGACAACAUCAAGGGAAGUCGCUUCAAUCCGGUGUUGGACAUGCUGGCAUCCUUCAAGAAGGGCCACAUCGGAGGGGUCAAAGUUCAUGUGGACAGACUUCAGACUCUGAUCUCCGGAGCUGUGGUAGAACAGUUGGACUUCCUGCGUGUCAACGAGGCUGAAAUCCCGGAGUUCCGAAGUUUCGAAGAGCUGGAGCUUCCCAAACACUCCAAAGUCAAGCGACAGACCAGCACGCCCAAUGCCUCCGACUUGGAGCAACAGCCCGAGAUCAGCGUGGACGAGUGGCUGCACAAGCCUACAGACGAGGUCCUCCAAAAGUUUCACGAUUGUGACUGCUUGGCCAGCCAAGCUCAGCUCGCCGGAAUCCUGUUGAGGAGGGAAGGAUCGCACUUUCUUACUAAAGAUGAGAAUCUGAUGGAAGAGCUGGAGAGGAUCUACCGACAAGCUGGCACCCGGAAGCUUUGGUCUGUUGUCCGUCUUGCUGCCAGUCUGUUAACUAAGCUAGUGGACAGCCUUGCCCCCAGUAUUACUAGUGUUUUAGUGCAUGGCAAGCAGGUGACCCUGGGCGUGUUCGGCAAUGAGGAGGAGGUGAUUUCAAACCCGCUGUCUCCCAGCGUUAUCCAGGGCAUCAUCUACAGCAAGUGCUGCCCACUUGGGGGCGAGCGCGAGGCCGUCCUUCAGCAGGAGCUUGUCAUCCAUAUUGGAUGGAUCAUCUCCAACAGCCCAGAGCUUUUCAGUGGCAUGCUCAAGAUCCGAGUUGGGUGGAUUGUCCAGGCCAUGAAACAGGAGUUGAAAAUCCGAGCUGGAGACAUGCCCCCCCAGGACAUCUACCAGCUAUCCCCCAGCGACAUCAAGCAGCUCCUACUCGACGUGCUGCAGCCUCAGCACACGGGCAGGUCUUGGCUCCACCGCCGUCAGAUCGACGGUUCGCUGAAUAGAACUCCUCUGGGCUUUUAUGACCGCGUCUGGCAAAUCCUGGAGCGGACCCCCAAUGGGAUCCUGGUCGGUGGGACGCACCUCCCUCAGCAACCGACGUUGUCUGACAUGACCAUGUACGAGAUGAACUUCUCUCUCCUGGUGGAGGACAUGCUGAAGAGUAUCGUCCUGCCCGAAUACAGACAGACCAUCGUGGAGCUGCUGAUGGUGGUAUCCAUUGUACUGGAGAGAAACCCAGAAGUGGACUUUGCAGAAAAAGUGGACCUGGACAGUCUGGUGAAGGACGCAUUUGCAGACUUCCAACGGGAUCACAGUCGCUCAGAAUGCAUUGAGAAACAGGACGACCCCCAGGCCUUCUACAACACUCCACCUGUAGGCCGGAGGGGCACCUCAAGCUACCUGACCAAGGCCGUCAUGACCCUGCUGCUGCAGGGUGACGUGAAGCCCUGCAAGGACGACCCAUGUUCUGUUAGCUAG